UUGAGGACCAUCAUACAGGAUGCUGAAACAAAGUUUCAAAACGCCUUUGGACAUCUACCCACGAUUCGGGUAUUUUGCCCCGGCCGAGUGAACCUUAUAGGUGAACAUAUCGAUUAUCACGGUUAUGGCGUUUUACCGAUGGCUAUUGAUGUUGGCACAGAAAUAUUGGCAGCUCCAAAUGGUAGGCAGGAAAUUCGACUCGUCAAUGUCGAUGAGCAGUACCCGCAAUCUUCGAUCACUCUGCCAUUCGGAAUGGAAAGGCGCUUCGCCCUUUGUGGCUGGAAAGGGAUUAUGAACAAACUUGGUGUAGAUCAAAUCGGAUUCGACAUGCUUGUUGGAGGUUCGAUUCCUCCUUCAUCUGGACUAUCGAGUAGCUCGUCACUUGUUUGUGCUGCUGCCCUAGUAACUUGGAUGAUUCAUACAGGAAAAAUUUUCGAAGAGGUUACGCGGGAAGAGCUCGCUGAUCUAUGUGCCAAUGCGGAACGCUACAUUGGAACUCAAGGAGGAGGAAUGGAUCAAGCUGUGGAAGUUCUGGCUGUAGAAGGGAGCGCUCUGAAAAUCGACUUUACCCCUCUCCAGUCACGGAAAGUUACAUUGCCUUCUCUUGCUUCAUUUACAGUUCUUCAUUGCGGCGAUACACUGAACAAGGCUGCCACUUCGCAAUACAACGAACGGGUUGUGGAGGGGAGACUGGCUGGAAAACUUCUUUUGCGAAGUGCCGGAGAUGUGUCAGUUGAAUCGUGGCGUUUGAAGGAUGUUCAGGUUAGUAAUUAA